GCUAACUUAGCUUCAUAGCUAAUGUGUUUUCCUAGCUAAAGUGGUAUAAUGACACAGCACUGGAGUCUUUCAGCUAGCUUGGUGGCUAAUACAGCAGCUUCACAGCUAAUUUCGCAGAUGAAGAAGUGACAGCGCUCAGCGAGCUCUCCUUGUCAUUUGUUUAGCCGUUAACACGUUAUUUUAGUAUCUUAUUUAAGCGUCCUUUCAUCUGGUGUUCACAUCCACAUUUUUUUUUUAGGACAGCUAGGAGCAGCCGGUACGAAGGUCUGGUUUAUCGACAUCAUUUCAUUUCAUUAACCUUUUGGCACUGAAAGAUCCGCCGUCCGAGCAUCAUCAUGGAGCACUGUGCCACUUUCCCGGUGAAGCUCUACAUCUACGACCUAUCGAGAGGGAUGGCCCGCCAGCUCAGCCCCAUCAUGCUGGGAAAGCAGCUCGAUGGAAUAUGGCACACCUCCAUCGUGGUCUACGGAAAAGAGUUCUUCUUCGGAGGAGAAGGAAUUACCAACUGUCCGCCGGGUGGGACACUUCUGGGAGAUCCUGAUGCCAUUGUAGAUUUAGGGACCACAGAGGUAACUGAGGAUAUUUUCAUGGAGUACCAAUGCUCGCUGGGAGAAUCCACAUACAGAGCUGACAGGUACCGGCUCUUUGAGCACAACUGCAACACCUUCUCAAAUGAAGUGGCCCAGUUCCUGACAGGUCGCAAGAUUCCCUCCUACAUCACGGACCUGCCCUCGGAGGUCCUCUCCACGCCCUUCGGUCAGACUCUCCGCCCGUUGCUGGACUCCAUCUCCAUUACACCUCCUGGAGGAAACUUCAGCCAGAGAUAGGCUUGCUGGCCCACUUGUACACCCUCUGUAUUUAUUAAACAAUGAACAUGUCUGCGAUUCCCUGGAGAUCUGCAGCUCUGUACCUGGUGACCCUCAGUGGGUCUCCCAUUACCAUUAUGCCCUUUUGCUGUCUCCAGCUGGGGAUCUUCUGUUUUGGUUCUUUGGGAAUGUACCAUCUUUACACCCCGUCUUCUACCCUCAAUUUAACAUUCAAGAUACACAGGAAAAGAUGUUAUACCCCAUGCGUAUUUUUCAACGGCUGUACACAUGGACCCAGUCCAACCACUAACCUGAAGCCACAGAACAACACCCAGCAUAGGCAACAAACAUCUCAAUUUAAGUGUUUAAUGGACUUAACAGUGCCUGUUCCCUCUUGGUUUUACAGAAAUCUCAUCAUAGUUCAGAGCGCUAAAAUUUCUUUUUAAAAUCAUACAUUUUUGCUAACUGGCUUGUGGUAGUAUACUAUGGUUACUAACUGCUUAGUGCUAUUUAGUCUCAGGUCCCUUAGAUGUGAGGUGCAUGAUAGAUUCAUACACCAGCCGCGUGGGUGCUAUCUCCAGGUCCAAAUUUGAAGAUGCUCUCUUCAAACCCUUGCCUCUUCAUGCCACAGAGACUUGCUGAAUGUCCAUUAGGCACUUUUAAACCCAAGACCCAGGAUUAGCAUAUUUCUCUCCCGUGGAGCAAGAUGGGUUACUGUAAGACCAGAGCUGCAGAUCUUCCUUACAUGUUUUUGGGGAGUGAGUUGGGUGGGAAGCCAUAUUUAUUUGAAACCAAUGUGAUCCACCGCCUCAUGUCUAAAUGGAUCAUAUGACCAGGUCUCCAGAGAGUGUGGAUGAAGAUUGGGUGGUGAAUGGUAGUCUGAAAGGUGUUAGACCUUACAAAUCCCAGUAAGCUUCAUGACAUAUUACCUCUUUAUUACACUGACCUCUCAUAUGCAUCUGUUGUGUUUUUAAUGAAACAUCCAUAUUUCUCUCAUAAACAUAUGGUGUUUGUUACUCCUUGUUUUAAAUGCUUGCUCUCCUUGCAUCUCCUCUGAUGUUUUUUUGCUGCCAUAUGAGCUGAAAAAGAGUUUUAUGCACGGAUGGGUCACAAUUCAUAGCACCUCAGUAGAAGGAAGAUCAGUGGUAGCCCAACAUUGCCCCACUUUAAGAUUUCUAAUCUCUCUGGGUCUACUAAGCAAUAACAUUUUAAAAAUGUUUUUAAAAAAGUCAAAUCACUGACUGAUGUGGAGUUAUAGGACACCUGGAAAGACCUAGUCACUUUCAAUUGUUUUCCUGAUUUUGCAUGUCAGAAGCAAGAAGGUAAUAUAUUUCGUGCUAAAUCAGGUUCCGUCAUUGACAAGUGGAGAAAGGGGAUAAAAUAAAUGGCUGAUGAUACUAUAGAACUGGGCGGAAUGUAUUUCUGAUUGGUUUACGAUACCUGGAGAGCUGUAGGUCAUCACAAGAUGAUCCUGUGGUUUCCUAGCUGAGUGCCAUAUACUGUAACUGUCCCACUCAAAUUUCUUACCUCUGCAAUAGAUUGAACAGUUUGUGACUGUUUUGCCCGUCUCUGUUUAUGAAUUAAGAGUAAAGAAGGGCUUUUAGUUGGCACACAUCACUUUUACAUUGGACCAAGAACUGGAUAGGAAGGUUUAUUCCUCUGCAGGUAUAUGGGGAUACUUUAAUGUAAGACCCAGUCGAUUCUUGUUUUUAUGAACAUGUAUGUAAGAAUUGAUUGUUUAAAAUGUAUUUUGGAUCUGCAGAAACUGGGUAAUCGUUAGUACGGCGAUAGGCAACACCAGUCCGUAAGGCAAACCUGAUACUCUGGUUUCAUUCUGCUUUCUGUUUUUGUGUUGUCCUUUGGGUAUGAGGCCUUUCUGUCUGAUAUUUUUGUGUGGGAUGAAAGGGUUUCCAUAUUCAAAGAAGACAGUGAACCUGUCGUUCAAGAAUUAGCCAUUCCUGAUAGAUUUUUUAAAAAAAAAAAUGGUACUUUAUUAGUCUCUGUGGGGAGAUUCACUCAGGCUGCCACUGUGACAGCACUAAACAUCUGUAUCCCCUUCAUAGCCAGGAUACAGUUGGAUAUAUUUCUGGGAUGUUUAAGUAGUUGUCCAAUCCCCCACCCCAAGUGUUUGGAAUCAUUCACAAGCAUACAACGUACUGUAUAAGAUGUAUUUGAACUUCGCCUUGUAGCAUGUACCAUUUGAGAGAUGGACUUAAAGAAUCUGUCCUCUAGAUUGGACAGAAAUGAAUGGCUUAGCCUCAGGUGGUUGUUUGGAAGUUCAUCAUUAAUCCAGGAGAAAUACUUUGUUCUUGGAAAAAGUAUCGUAUUUGCAGUGUCGCAAAUAGCCAGGUUUCAUGACAGGGCAAUAUAUAUUUUCUGUGAUGUGUCACGUACGUGUAGAUAGAAGUAGAUCACACGCUCUUUCAUUUUGAUCCACACCCUUUCCAGCUGUGGCCUUGAUUCCAGUGAGUCACAGGUAUUGUAGUAUGGGGUCUGCUGCUGGUCCACUUCCCCAUUUUUGUGAAUGUGGAACUGAACAGAUUUUGCUUGCCAGUUCAUUGUUUAAAAAUAAACAUUGCUUGAAUAACAAAUGGUUAAUUUUGUAAUCCAGCUAUAUGAGAACUUGAUUUGAAAAUGUACUACGCGUAUUUUGUUAACAUAAACUGAACGAUGUGGAGACUGCAGAAUACUUGGCGGGUAUGAACUGAACGCAUUGUAUGGGGUUCACGUUGGACCCAGCAGGUUUGCAGAAAGGAGCAAUACUGGAACCUGGGAUGUGCGGUCUCUGUAGAAUUACACACUGACCAGGGCACUUCCUGGUUUUGUGUGUUCUGGAGUAAUUUCAGUAUCAUGACCAACUUCCAUCUACUAGCGCAUCUCUGCUGUUAUUCAGUAUUAUGUUGCCAUAGUUCUUAUGUUCUUAAUAUAUUCUCAUUCUUUUGUUUUUUCUGAUGUGUUAUUUUAUUGAUGUUACCCUUUUUGGUGUCCUUAUAUGGUUAAUAUAUGUAUUUAUUGUGUUUUGAUAAUCAACAACAGACAUGUUAAGAUGAAAUGCUAAAAUGCUAAGUGAUAUAGCAAAGAACCAAGCUCCCAUGGGUUUUACCUGCCUUUCUGCAUUUAUUGGUGUUUCUGUAUUUUGUUGACUAAUGGAUUGUAUAUUAAAAUCUACUGAAGCUUGAUAAAAAUAAACCUUGUCAA